UCUAGACGUCUGCCCUUUAACUCAAACCGUAGAAGAAGAAGAAACGGCUAGUGAGCUAGCCCUGCUGCAGGCUUUAUUUAUCUCAAUAUGGCUGCUGUACUCCCCAUAAGACCGCCUUGUGAUAGCAACCCCGCUACUCCUGGAUCACAGUCUAUAAAGGAGGAUGUCAUAGAAGAGGUGUCCAAUGAUGGUAGCCAGCCUCCCAAAAGACGACGAAUGGGUUCAGGGGAUAGCUCUCGAAGCUUUGACACCUCGAGCCAAGAACUUGGCCUGACAUAUUUCCCAGCUGAAAACUUGACAGAGUACAAGUGGCCCCCAGAUGACACAGGAGAGUAUUACAUGUUACAGGAGCAGGUCAGCGAAUAUCUGGGAGUGACAUCCUUCAAGAGGAAGUACCCUGAUAUGGAGAGAAGAGACUUGUCCCACAAAGAGAAACUGUACCUUCGUGAGCAAAAUGUCAUCACUGAGACACAGUGCACCCUGGGUCUUACAGCGCUGCGGAGUGAUGAGGUGAUAGAUCUGAUGAUAAAGGAGUAUCCCACCAAACACUCUGAGUAUUCAGUCAUACUGCAGGAGCGAGAACGACAGAGAAUAGCAAAAGAGUACUCGCAAAUGCAGCAGCAGAACCCUCAGAAAGUGGAGGCCAGUAAAGUUCCAGAGUACAUCAAGAAGGCAGCGAAAAAAGCUGCAGAGUUCAACAGUAACUUCAACCGGGAACGGAUGGAAGAGAGGAGAGCUUACUUUGAUCUUCAGACUCAUAUUAUCCAGGUGCCCCAGGGCAGGUUCAAGGUGCUGGCUCCAGAGCUGACGAGGACAGGGCCAUAUCCUGUGGCUCUUAUACCUGGACAGUUCCAAGACUACUACAAAAGGUACUCUCCCAAUGAGCUGCGGUACCUGCCAUUAAACACGGCUCUCUUUGAGCCGCCACUAGAUCCAGAGCUUCCAGCACUGGACUCAGAACCCGACUCUGAUGAUGGAGAUGAUGCCAGGGACGACAAAAAGAACAAGAACUCAUCUGACAGUUCUUCGGGCAACACAUCAGAUGUGGAGAGCCAGGAAGGAGGAGGAGUACAAGGCAACAAGUCCAAGGCCAAAGAUAGGACAUCCACGUUGGGCAAAGACAGCAGCCAGCGCCAUUCAUCCUCCCACAAAUCUGGGUACAAGCCUAAGGUCAUUCCCAAUGCUAUAUGUGGCAUUUGCCAGAAGGGUAAAGAGGCCAACAGGAAAGGGAGGCCAGAGGCUCUGAUUCACUGCUCCCAGUGUGAUAACAGCGGCCACCCCUCCUGCCUCGACAUGAGCAAGGAGCUGGUGUCUGUGAUCCAGACAUAUCGCUGGCAGUGUAUGGAGUGUAAGACCUGCACUGUGUGCCAGCAGCCGCACCACGAGGACGAGAUGAUGUUCUGUGACAAGUGCGACCGGGGAUACCACACGUUCUGCGUGGGCAUGGAUUCCAUCCCCACUGGGCUUUGGGUGUGUGAAGUGUGCGACAAAGAUUUCUCCACGCCCAAGAAGAAAGGAGCUAAAACUCCUAAGAAAACCAAGUCAGCUCAAAAAUGAUCAAAAGGAAUACUACACUCUCUGUUUGAGAAAACUGCUGAUAGGUCAACAACACAAAGGAAACAUGAUGACACCUUACAAGAUGCAUUUAGUUCACUUCACAGGCCCCACAACUACAUCCACAACUGGCAUUGUGCUGGUGUACUUCAUCAUCAUUGUAAUGUGUUACAGUCAUUAACAGCUUCAUCGCACAUGUAUGUACUAAGGUGAUCUGGACAUGGACAAAUUCAAUCAAAUCCAUCCAAAUGUUCUAAAUUAAAUUCUGAGGCCUGCUAACGGUAGACAGACUUCAUUUACUUCAUGAAACUGGUGAACUGUGAUGUUUCAUAACAUUUCUGCAAAGAUGAGCUGGGAAGUUGAGCGAAAGGUGCUAUUGGUUCUGUACUACUGAAGGAAUCCUGGUUAAAUAGAGCUUGCUGAUGUAAUUCAGCUUAUUUCAAAACAUCUUUGUAUCUUAAAAACUGUUUGUUGUAGUUCUGAUGAAACCUGUGUAAAGCACAAGGUCAGUAAACCACAAUUUUAGUCUUAAAAAUGACAUGGUGCUUGUGAUGUUAUGUCAUGACUGCAGCAGUUUUGUUUUUUUACCACUGAUUAUUGUACAAAAAAUGAAUUGAAUUAUCACUCAUUAGCUAUGAGGAGUUUGUUUUUAAUUAUUUUUGUACUGUUUACAUAAGGCAGGUUGUUGAAUAAUUAUUUGGUGAUAAUAAUCUCAUGGUUGUUGAAUUAUGAAGUGUUUUUGUAAUAAACUACUAAGACUUA